AUGGUCCCUCCCAAGGAGGUAUGUGGUGGCGAGGAGGUGUGUGGUGGCGAGGAGGUGUGUGGUGGCGAGGAGGUGUGUGGUGGCGAGGAGGUGUGUGGUGGCGAGGAGGUGUGUGGUGGCGAGGAGGUGUGUGGUGGCGACGUGUGUGGUGGCGAGGAGGUGUGUGGUGGCGAGGAGGUGUGUGGUGGCGAGGAGGUGUGUGGUGGCGAGGUGUAUGGUGGCGAGGAGGUGUGUGGUGGCGAGGUGUGUGGUGGCGAGGAGGUGUGUGGUGGCGAGGUGUGUGGUGGCGAGGAGGUGUGUGGUGGCGAGGAGGUGUGUGGUGGCGAGGAGGUGUGUGGUGGCGAGGAGGUGUGUGGUGGCGAGGAGGUGUGUGGUGGCGAGGUGUGUGGUGGCGAGGAGGUGUGUGGUGGCGAGGUGUGUGGUGGCGAGGAGGUGUGUGGUGGCGAGGAGGUGUGUGGUGGCGAGGAGGUGUGUGGUGGCGAGGAGGUGUGUGGUGGCGAGGAGGUGUGUGGUGGCGAGGUGUGUGGUGGCGAGGAGGUGUGUGGUGGCGAGGUGUGUGGUGGCGAGGAGGUGUGUGGUGGCGAGGAGGUGUGUGGUGGCGAGGAGGUGUGUGGUGGCGAGGAGGUGUGUGGUGGCGAGGAGGUGUGUGGUGGCGAGGAGGUGUGUGGUGGCGAGGAGGUGUGUGGUGGCGAGGAGGUGUGUGGUGGCGAGGAGGUGUGUGGUGGCGAGGAGGUGUGUGGUGGCGAGGAGGUGUGUGGUGGCGAGGAGGUGUGUGGUGGCGAGGAGGUGUGUGGUGGCGAGGAGGUGUGUGGUGGCGAGGAGGUGUGUGGUGGCGAGGAGGUGUGUGGUGGCGAGGAGGUGUGUGGUGGCGAGGAGGUGUGUGGUGGCGAGGAGGUGUGUGGUGGCGAGGAGGUGUGUGGUGGCGAGGAGGUGUGUGGUGGCGAGGAGGUGUGUGGUGGCGAGGAGGUGUGUGGUGGCGAGGAGGUGUGUGGUGGCGAGGAGGUGUGUGGUGGCGAGGAGGUGUGUGGUGGCGAGGAGGUGUGUGGUGGCGAGGAGGUGUGUGGUGGCGAGGAGGUGUGUGGUGGCGAGGAGGUGUGUGGUGGCGAGGAGGUGUGUGGUGGCGAGGAGGUGUGUGGUGGCGAGGAGGUGUGUGGUGGCGAGGAGGUGUGUGGUGGCGAGGAGGUGUGUGGUGGCGAGGAGGUGUGUGGUGGCGAGGAGGUGUGUGGUGGCGAGGAGGUGUGUGGUGGCGAGGAGGUGUGUGGUGGCGAGGAGGUGUGUGGUGGCGAGGAGGUGUGUGGUGGCGAGGAGGUGUGUGGUGGCGAGGAGGUGUGUGGUGGCGAGGAGGUGUGUGGUGGCGAGGAGGUGUGUGGUGGCGAGGAGGUGUGUGGUGGCGAGGAGGUGUGUGGUGGCGAGGAGGUGUGUGGUGGCGAGGAGGUGUGUGGUGGCGAGGAGGUGUGUGGUGGCGAGGAGGUGUGUGGUGGCGAGGAGGUGUGUGGUGGCGAGGAGGUGUGUGGUGGCGAGGAGGUGUGUGGUGGCGAGGAGGUGUGUGGUGGCGAGGAGGUGUGUGGUGGCGAGGAGGUGUGUGGUGGCGAGGAGGUGUGUGGUGGCGAGGAGGUGUGUGGUGGCGAGGAGGUGUGUGGUGGCGAGGAGGUGUGUGGUGGCGAGGAGGUGUGUGGUGGCGAGGAGGUGUGUGGUGGCGAGGAGGUGUGUGGUGGCGAGGAGGUGUGUGGUGGCGAGGAGGUGUGUGGUGGCGAGGAGGUGUGUGGUGGCGAGGAGGUGUGUGGUGGCGAGGAGGUGUGUGGUGGCGAGGAGGUGUGUGGUGGCGAGGAGGUGUGUGGUGGCGAGGAGGUGUGUGGUGGCGAGGAGGUGUGUGGUGGCGAGGAGGUGUGUGGUGGCGAGGAGGUGUGUGGUGGCGAGGAGGUGUGUGGUGGCGAGGAGGUGUGUGGUGGCGAGGAGGUGUGUGGUGGCGAGGAGGUGUGUGGUGGCGAGGAGGUGUGUGGUGGCGAGGAGGUGUGUGGUGGCGAGGAGGUGUGUGGUGGCGAGGAGGUGUGUGGUGGCGAGGAGGUGUGUGGUGGCGAGGAGGUGUGUGGUGGCGAGGAGGUGUGUGGUGGCGAGGAGGUGUGUGGUGGCGAGGAGGAGGUGUGUGGUGGCGAGGAGGUGUGUGGUGGCGAGGAGGUGUGUGGUGGCGAGGAGGUGGAUGGUGGCGAGGAGGUGUGUGGUGGCGAGGAGGUGUGUGGUGGCGAGGAGGUGUGUGGUGGCGAGGAGGUGUGUGGUGGCGAGGAGGUGUGUGGUGGCGAGGAGGUGUGUGGUGGCGAGGAGGUGUGUGGUGGCGAGGAGGUGUGUGGUGGCGAGGAGGUGUGUGGUGGCGAGGAGGUGUGUGGUGGCGAGGAGGUGUGUGGUGGCGAGGAGGUGUGUGGUGGCGAGGAGGUGUGUGGUGGCGAGGAGGUGUGUGGUGGCGAGGAGGUGUGUGGUGGCGAGGAGGUGUGUGGUGGCGAGGAGGUGUGUGGUGGCGAGGAGGUGUGUGGUGGCGAGGAGGUGUGUGGUGGCGAGGAGGUGUGUGGUGGCGAGGAGGUGUGUGGUGGCGAGGAGGUGUGUGGUGGCGAGGAGGUGUGUGGUGGCGAGGAGGUGUGUGGUGGCGAGGAGGUGUGUGGUGGCGAGGAGGAGGUGUGUGGUGGCGAGGAGGUGUGUGGUGGCGAGGAGGUGUGUGGUGGCGAGGAGGUGUGUGGUGGCGAGGAGGUGUGUGGUGGCGAGGAGGUGUGUGGUGGCGAGGAGGUGUGUGGUGGCGAGGAGGUGUGUGGUGGCGAGGAGGUGUGUGGUGGCGAGGAGGUGUGUGGUGGCGAGGAGGUGUGUGGUGGCGAGGAGGUGUGUGGUGGCGAGGAGGUGUGUGGUGGCGAGGAGGUGUGUGGUGGCGAGGAGGUGUGUGGUGGCGAGGAGGUGUGUGGUGGCGAGGAGGUGUGUGGUGGCGAGGAGGUGUGUGGUGGCGAGGAGGUGUGUGGUGGCGAGGAGGUGUGUGGUGGCGAGGAGGUGUGUGGUGGCGAGGAGGUGUGUGGUGGCGAGGAGGAGGUGUGUGGUGGCGAGGAGGUGUGUGGUGGCGAGGAGGUGUGUGGUGGCGAGGAGGUGUGUGGUGGCGAGGAGGUGUGUGGUGGCGAGGAGGUGUGUGGUGGCGAGGAGGAGGUGUGUGGUGGCGAGGAGGUGUGUGGUGGCGAGGAGGUGUGUGGUGGCGAGGAGGUGUGUGGUGGCGAGGAGGUGUGUGUGGCGAGGAGGUGUGGUGGCGAGGAGGUGUGUGGUGGCGAGGAGGUGUGUGGUGGCGAGGAGGUGUGUGGUGGCGAGGAGGUGUGUGGUGGCGAGGAGGUGUGUGGUGGCGAGGAGGUGUGUGGUGGCGAGGAGGAGGUGUGUGGUGGCGAGGAGGUGUGUGGUGGCGAGGAGGUGUGUGGUGGCGAGGAGGUGUGUGGUGGCGAGGAGGUGUGUGGUGGCGAGGAGGUGUGGGUGGCGAGGAGGUGUGUGGUGGCGAGGAGGUGUGUGGUGGCGAGGAGGUGUGUGGUGGCGAGGAGGUGUGAGGUGGCGAGGAGGUGUGUGGUGGCGAGGAGGUGUGUGGUGGCGAGGAGGUGUGUGGUGGCGAGGAGGUGUGUGGUGGCGAGGAGGUGUGAGGUGGCGAGGAGGUGUGUGGUGGCGAGGAGGUGUGUGGUGGCGAGGAGGUGUGUGGUGGCGAGGAGGUGUGUGGUGGCGAGGAGGUGUGAGGUGGCGAGGAGGUGUGUGGUGGCGAGGAGGUGUGUGGUGGCGAGGAGGUGUGUGGUGGCGAGGAGGUGUGUGGUGGCGAGGAGGUGUGAGGUGGCGAGGAGGUGUGUGGUGGCGAGGAGGUGUGUGGUGGCGAGGAGGUGUGUGGUGGCGAGGAGGUGUGAGGUGGCGAGGAGGUGUGUGGUGGCGAGGAGGUGUGGCGAGGAGGUGUGUGGUGGCGAGGAGGUGUGUGGUGGCGAGGAGGUGUGUGGUGGCGAGGAGGUGUGUGGUGGCGAGGAGGUGUGUGGUGGCGAGGAGGUGUGUGGUGGCGAGGAGGUGUGUGGUGGCGAGGAGGUGUGUGGUGGCGAGGAGGUGUGUGGUGGCGAGGAGGUGUGUGGUGGCGAGGAGGUGUGUGGUGGCGAGGAGGUGUGUGGUGGCGAGGAGGUGUGUGGUGGCGAGGAGGUGUGUGGUGGCGAGGAGGUGUGUGGUGGCGAGGAGGUGUGUGGUGGCGAGGAGGUGUGUGGUGGCGAGGAGGUGUGUGGUGGCGAGGAGGUGUGUGGUGGCGAGGAGGUGUGUGGUGGCGAGGAGGUGUGUGGUGGCGAGGAGGUGUGUGGUGGCGAGGAGGUGUGUGGUGGCGAGGAGGUGUGUGGUGGCGAGGAGGUGUGUGGUGGCGAGGAGGUGUGUGGUGGCGAGGAGGUGUGUGGUGGCGAGGAGGUGUGUGGUGGCGAGGAGGUGUGUGGUGGCGAGGAGGUGUGUGGUGGCGAGGAGGUGUGUGGUGGCGAGGAGGUGUGUGGUGGCGAGGAGGUGUGUGGUGGCGAGGAGGUGUGUGGUGGCGAGGAGGAGGUGUGUGGUGGCGAGGAGGUGUGUGGUGGCGAGGAGGUGUGUGGUGGCGAGGAGGUGUGUGGUGGCGAGGAGGUGUGUGGUGGCGAGGAGGUGUGUGGUGGCGAGGAGGUGUGUGGUGGCGAGGAGGUGUGUGGUGGCGAGGAGGUGUGUGGUGGCGAGGAGGUGUGUGCUUCCAUUCUCCCUUCCUUCAUCUUUUAG